AUGGACCCGAGGCGCCAGUCCUCCACGCUGCACUACCAGACCUUCCCUACCAAACCACCCACCUCGCGCGGUCAGCGGCAGUCUGUCUCGCCCUCCGGGCAUCAUGGCAGCGGCUCCGAAGCGGACGGAGAGCACCAUGAGUCGCCGCUGCCCACGAGGCAGCUCAUCGUGCUCGCCGUCAUUGCCCUCGCUGAGCAGACGGCCCUCAACUCGAUCAGCCCAUAUCUCCCAGAGAUGACAAAGUCGUUCCCUGAAGUCAAAGACGGACAAACGGGGCUCUACGUGGGACUUAUCGCGUCGUCGUUCGCGCUGGCGCAAUUGACUACCAACUUUUUCUGGGGUUGGCUGUCCGACAAGGUUGGGAGAAAGCCAGUCAUCAUCAUGGGCACAUUCUUGACCAUGCUCUCUUUCAUGGCCUUUGGCUUCUGCAGAACACUAUGGCAAGCGGUCGUGGUACAGGCAUUGAUGGGCGUGGUCAAUGGCAAUGCAGGGGUUGUGUCGACGUGCUUGGGUGAGAUCACGGAUCGAAGCAACCAGUCGCGAGCCUUCACCUACCUUCCGGUGGUCUAUGGCAUUGGUGGUAUCACUGGACCCAUUGUCGGUGGAUUGCUGGUCUUUCACCAGAACCCUCUGAACAAAAGCCAGCAGAAUCCGUACCCAUAUCUGUUACCCAAUCUCUUUUCCGCCGCCGUCCUCGCCGUAGACCUGGUGGUCUGUAUGCUAUUUUUGGAGGAGAGUCUGGAGGAAGCAAAAGACAUGCCGCCUCUGGGAAAGCGGAUAGGCAGUUUGUUCACGCGCAUGUGGCAAUUUACAAGCUCGACACGACCGACCUAUGUACGCCGCCUGCUCGGCAAGCGCAAAUCGAACCACACCCAGCAUCUGGAUGGAAUCGACGAAGAGGACGAGGACAAUGCAUCGGAUGCUUCAGGAGAUUCUGCACUUGCGCUAUUCCCUCACACCAGCGGCGAUCAGCUCACGAGCAAAGAGAUCCUAAAUCGCGACACCAUCCUCCUUCUGGUGACAUACUUCAUCUUCCAACUGGCAAACAUUUCUUACAACUCGCUAUAUCCCAUCUUCGCGGAGGAGCAAGCCCCAACUGGACGUGGUCUCACACCUGAGGCUGUUGGCCUCUCAUUGUCCUUCGCAGGCGCCAUCACCAUCGUAUUCCAGGUCGGCAUCUUUGGUAGACUGCGCAGCAAACUGGGGAACAAGGUUGCGUAUAGAUCAAGCCUGGCCUUCUUCGUUGCAGCAUUUCUACUCAUGCCGUGGGUCGGCUACAAGAAUGAUCAACCAGCUGCCGGAGUUGGAUCAGGAGCUGGAUGGCUGUGGUUCGAACUUGGUGUGGUUCUAGUUAUCAAGACAAUCGCAGGUGUUGGCGGCCUCACAGCUGCCUUGCUUUUGAUCACCAACUCAGCCCCCAAUCACAACGUGCUUGGCACGCUAAAUGGAUUAGCACAGACCCUCUCUGCUGCAGGCCGUGCGGCUGGCCCGUUUGUGUCUGGAUCGCUAUUUACGGCGGCGACAAAGAUUCAGCCCAAGGGUGAGGCUCUGCCUUUUGGCAUCUUUGCCGGCGUUUCCUUCAUUGGCUUUCUAUUGAGCUUCGGGAUUCGUGGUGAAGGAUUAGAAGAAGAAGGAUGGAGCGACGAAGACGAAGACGAGGACGAAGAAGAAGAUGUGGGUAAUGAGGGUGAGAGCACGAACGAGCGGACUGGUCUUGUACGAAAGUGA